AUGACUGAAUAUAAAGUCCACCGUAUAAAUUUUGUUGAGACUGAUCCACAGGCAGUAAACUGCAUAGCCGUAGAGGAUUCACUUUCAGGAAGAUUUGCGGUUUGUAGGGAAGAUGGUACUAUUGAAAUAUGGAAUAGUGGAUGUGGGUCUUCUAAGUUUUGGAGUGUUGAUUUUGUUAUCCCAAGUAAAAUUGGGCGUUCAAUAGACAGUGCUACAUGGUGCAAUGGCAGAUUUUUUACAUCAGGGCUUGAGGGAACUGUCACUGAAUGGGAUUUAGGACGUCUAACGGAUAAGACUGUUGUUGAUGCCUGUGGAGGGCCUGUUUGGUGCUUGGCUCGUAGUCCCGACAAAACUCAACUUGCCGCAGGAUGUGAGGAUGGAUCGGUCCGAUUGUUUGACAUCAAGAAUGAUGGGCUCUUUUUAGAGACUUCGCUUGAUAAACAAGAGUUUAGAGUCCUUUCCUUGGCAUGGAGCCACUGUGGCAAUGUCAUUGUCACAGGCAGUACGGACAGCACGAUUCGUGUUUACGACGUACGCACAAAGCGCAUUACGUCACGAAUAUCAACAGACAACCAGCGUCAGAGAAACACAAAGAUCUGGUCAAUGGCUCUGACAAAAGAUAUGACAAUCAUAACCGGAAACUCUAUAGGUCAGACACAGUUUUGGGAUCUUGAAACUUGUACACUGUUAAAAAGUUUCCAGGCCCACGAAGCUGAUGUGCUGACCCUUUGUGUGACACCUAGUGAAGAUGCAGUGUACUCCUGUGGUAUCGAUAGUAGAGUUGUGGAGUUCAAAUACAUCACAGAACAAAGUAGAAGCCGUCAAGAAUGGAGUUUGACAAAGAAACUGAAUCGAUCUGUCAAUCAUGACAUCCGUUCAUUGUGUUUGAUUGGAGAGGACAUUCCAAUACUUAUUGCUGCAGGAGUUGAUCCAAGAAUUACAAAGUUCAAUAUCACCAAAAAAGAGGUUCGGUAUAACUACCUAGAAAUGUUUCCAAGGAGUCCGCCAUUUAGUUUUGCAAAGGAUGCUAAUAUUCUGCUGUUUUAUGAUAAGAAUAUAAUUCAUCUUUGGAAAUUACCAUGUUUAUCAGGCACUACAAAUGGGUCAUCUUCAAUUCCUCACAAGCUUCUUGAGCUGACAUCAUGCAGGGAUGAUUAUAUAGUUUGUGCAGACCUAUCAUCUAAUGGAAGCAUGGUUGCUUAUGCAGACAGGCAUAUGGUAUCAGUAUUCAGUAUCAGUGAAAGCACAGUUGAUGGAAUUCCACAAAUAAGUGUGAAGAAAGUCAAAAUACCACAAAAAUAUCUUAAAGAAACACAAAAGCUGAAAUUAACAUCAGAUGCUUCAAAACUUGUUUUUGCCUCAUCGACAAGAAUUGGAAUCAUGGCACUAGACAGCGAUGAUAUGCCUGUUAACUUUGUUGAUAUUGACCAUGAAAUUACUUUGCCAUGGAGAUUAUUAGAGAUUGAUUCAUCCGGAAGUCACAUUGCAUGUGUUGAUGAAAGCAAGGAAAUUUGCAUUUACUCUACAAAAGAGUGUAGGCUUAUUUCGAAAGUCCCAAAGCUAGUAUGCUGUCCAAUGGCAAUAAAAUUUCAACCAGGCACCACUUUCUUAACUUUUGUGUGCACCAAAAAAGAUCUGCAUCGGUAUGAUUUUUGUGCAGAAAAAUUUGAUCAUUGGUGUAUCAGGCUUAGUGGAGCAGGCAUUUUGUAUAACUUGCCAAAAGUAUCUGGAAGGUUUAUCAACAUCGUUUUUGAUACGAAAGAUUCAAGUAUCAUCUUUGUUCAAAGUGAUCAAGGAUUUGUAAAGAUAAAGAUUGGAGGCAAAGUUCCACAUUUUGCAAAGAUAGGGAUGAAGAGAAGAUAUGAGGAUCUUUCAGGAACAUGUGUCUCUGCAUCAACUAGAUAUUCAACAAUUUUGUAUCUUGAUAUUACAAAGUUAAAUGCACUGGUAGUUGUAGAACAACCACUGGAUGCUGUUUUGAAUAGCUUGCCACCAGCUUUGAAGCUGAAGCAAUUUGGGACAUGAAAAUGAAUUACGAAAAUUGUGACGCCCUAUGUUUUAUGAUGUGCAGUAAAAAUAUAUUCUCAACAGUUCCCAUCAUAA